GCCUGGAUGAUGUGGUUAAGAGGUGGCUUUGGAUGCGCAGUGGAGACAGAGCUCAAUCAUUCUAACCCAUGUGAAGGCAGCUGUGGGAGCCUAGCGCAUCAGAACAUUACGGCGCAGGAUUUCUGCACUAUAACAAUUUCAUCGUCCGACAGCAGCUGUAAGAGCUUCCCCAUUCCCUCAGCUGUUCUUCUGGGAACUGUGUGGAUCCUCCUUACAGGCGGAAUCCUGCUUAGCUGCUUCUUUCUCAUCUUCACAGUUCGCUUCAGGAAAAAUAGGAUUGUGAAGAUGUCCAGUCCCAACCUGAAUGUCGUGUCCUUGCUGGGCAGUGGCUUGACCUACGGCAGCGCUUACCUCUUUGGGAUCGAGAAGCAAAAUCUGUUGUCCAAGCCGUACACAGAGAUGCUCAUUCAGAUGAGGAUCUGUUUGCUGUGUGUUGGGAGCUCCCUGGCCUUUGGCCCCAUCCUGGGGAAGAGCUGGCGACUGUAUAAAGUGUUCACGCAGCGGGUCCCAGACAGGAGAGUGAUUAUCAAAGACCUGCAGUUACUGGUGAUGGUGGGGGCGUUAGUGGGGGCCGACGUUGUCCUGCUCUCUGCUUGGAUCUUCUUGGAUCCUGUCCAGUGCCUACAAAACCUCAAUGCAGAGCUGAAGGUGACCGAGAAGGGCCUCACUUGUGUUGCGCACCGAGGAUACUUCUGUAUGUCUCUGUAUUCUGAUCUCUGGCUUAUUCUCUUCGUGGGAUUUAAGGGCCUCCUUCUGAUGUAUGGGGCUUACCUGGCUGGCCUGACAUACGAUGUCAGCUCCCCACCAGUCAAUCAGUCCCUGACGCUCGUUGCUGGCAUUACUGUCAUAUUUCUGUCCGGCGAAACUGUGCUGGUGGCAAAUCGUUUUUUCCAUUCGUGGCACAACCUGGUUUUCGGAGCCACCUCGGGAGGGAUCUUUGCCUCCACGGCCACCCUAAACUGCUUGAUCUUUAUUCCUCAGGUCCGGCAGUGGAAAGCCUUCGAAGAGCAGCAUGAAAACCUCAGCCAGGUGGCCAGGUUCUUCACGAGCUCCAGCAGGAACUUCCACUCCGUGGUGUACAGUGAGGACGAGAUCUGCCAGCUGGUGGAGGAGAAGCACGCCAUGAUGCAGCUGCUGGCCGAGAAAGAAACGGCGAUCGCAAGCCUGCAGGAACAAGUCAACAGCGCAAAGGAGAAACUGACCAGACUCGUAGCUGCAGAAGACAAUCGAGUGGCUGCAGACUCUCCUUUUCCCCCUACCUCUCCGUGUCCUCAGGAUCGCUCUAUGGCCAUUUGUUCUUCUAGGGCAGCGGAAGAGACCCCAGCAGACCUUUCUUUACCCGGCCAGGAGCAAAAUCCAUGGCAAUGUUAUUCCGUGUUUUCAAAUUCGCAGUGUGCCCCGGGGUCUUCUAACAAAAACGACUACGUUGAUGAUCUAGAACCCGUCGGUCAGUGCAGUGGACCGCCAGAGGUUACCGAUAGGCGUAGACCAUUGAGCAGGGCUGAAAAGUUUUCCGACCGUUCAGGCGGCCCAAAUGACCGUGACGAAUGGCUCUUCCAAUAUGCCCCCCCGCUUGGCGUGGGCACCCUCCGAGAACCACACGGGGACAACUCCUCCACACCGAGGGGGGGAGCGGAGCAAGCCCCGGUUUGGAAGCAGCUGCCGGGGGUCAGCUACGUCAGCAGGGACAAGCUUCGGGAAGUCUUGCAGGAGCUGAGCGCGGAUUACAGAGCCGGCAGCCAGACUUUCCCCAGGGGCCUAGAGCAAAGCGCCGCGCUCGAAAGGAGCGCAAGAUGGUGGCCACGAGACAGCCGAGCCAACACGCUCACGAGGCUUACCCCGUAUGAGACGAGGCCGGAGGGGAAAAUUCCUACUUGCCUGCCUGGGUCUACAGUCCCUGGUACUUGGUGUAUCAUAAACAGAACAGCCAGUAGAAUGCAGAGGAGUCACCACAAAUCCGAUGACUUUCCCUGGGCCACGGCUAGCGACACGACUGAAAGGCAUUCUUUACACCAGUCGUGCUCUUUGCCGUCGUCGGCGUUUAAGGGCAGGCUUCGUGAUCAGUCUGAGAACCGGUCGGGACGUCCCAGCAGAGACGAGAAGGGCCGGCUGUUAGAAAAGCACCCCGUGGAAAACGUUGCACCUGAACGGCAUCCCGGAAGCCCCAGGACAUUCCCUCACCAGCCGCAGGAUUUUGCAAGGUACAUGCCGCGUCUUUAUCCGGAUUCCGACUCCAGCGGCGGCAGCAGCACCACCACCACCUCCUCCUCUGGGGGUGGGAUGCGCUGCCACCACAGACACUGUUGUGAAGGUUGCCACCGCAGCCUGUCUUCCUCUAGCAGCAGCUGUAGCACAGACACAGACAGCGAGCCAGGCAUCUCUGGAUACCACUGGGCGAACCUGCUUGGUAAACCUCAGCCCGUUGUGAACUUCAACGAGGAUUUAGAGCCCACCUAUGUGUGAAGGCCUGGGG